CACUAUUCAUGCUAUCUUACUCUCCCUUUUCAAAUCCCAUCAAAGAGUGCUGGUCAAAGAAAAAAGUGCAUUAGAAAAAACCCUUUGAACAAAGGUAGUGAGAUGACACUUCAUAUCACUAAAGCAUGCAACACGGUGACUACAAAGGAUUGUUUGCAGUGGGCAAAGCAUGCUGAAUCUUAUUGGGAGAGAUGUAUUCAGAAA